CGUCAGGAGCUGCUCUCAUGAACGCUGGCCUCUUUCUUUUAUUACUGGAUGUCUACGAGGGUAAUUUAUCUGUCGGUACAGUUUGAUUUAGACUCGUUCUGAUCGCAUUGGAACCCCUGUUCCUGUACAUACAAACGCUUCCAUCGGAUUUUCCGCAUACCUCGGUGGAGAAAAGCACCAGGAAAACAGUCUUGGUGGCAUUUUUAUCUUCUUAAACAGAAAGCAGCAGGUGUGAAACCUCCAACUCGGUCAUUAUUUCUAAUUCUGAGGCAAUUAUUACUCUUGACGACACUGUGGACGUGGUGUACCAGACAUGUUUUCGCAGUUUCCCUGGCAGCGCGCCUGUUCCUCGGUUUCCAAGCCUCGACUGUGGGCUGUUUGCCUGCUGCUGACUCCCCAACGCUUCCAACAUUUCAUUGGAUUAUAACCAAUGAAAGUAAUCUGUUUACGGUAAACGCUGUCAUUAACGGAGGCCAUUGGGUUCUCUUAUUCUACUUGUCGCAUUUGAAGAAAGGCGAAGGCGUUAAGAGCGCGCUGAGAAACCCUUUUUCAGUGGAUAUACGCAUUUUGGCACAGCACUGUACCGAGAAGCGCACAGUGAUGCCGCAUCGGAUCCGCGUCCUGCUGCUGCUGCACCUGGCUGUGCUGCUGCUGGGCUGGCCGACCGGAGCGGGACGGGUACGAAAAAAGGCCACCAGGGUCCGGUCUUGCCUGGACCUACCGGAGGAGAUCCUGGAGCAGAUGUUCGGUCGGCUCUCGGUAGGAGUGAUGAGUGCUUUCCACCACGCACUGGAGCUGGAGCCGCAGGAUAAACUCAACCUGACGUGCCCGACCACCGCACGGUCCCCGACCGACAGCAAGACCCGCCUCCCGGUCAACCUGCUCAGCAUCUCCCCCUGGGCCUACAGAAUUUCGUACGACCCGGCAAGGUACCCCCGCUACCUCCCUGAGGCUUACUGCCUGUGUAAGGGCUGCCUGAUCGGACCGUACGGUGGGGAGAGUGACCAGUACCGCAGCACUCCGGUCUACGCUCCCUCGGUCAUCCUGAAAAGAGCGGGCUCCUGUCUCGGCGGCCGCCACUCGUACGCCGAGGUCUACGUCUCCAUCGCUGUGGGAUGCACCUGUGUGCCGCUGCUGGAGAAGAAGAGGGACGGCCAGAACAGCAACCAGAGCCUGGAGAGAUCAGAGGUCAAAACCAAAGCCAAGGCCAAAGCCAAACAGCUCGUCUCUGCGGCAAAGAAAGUAUGAAGGAAGCUGGACUGUUUUUUUUUUUUUUUUUACACCUGACACACAUUUUUUGGUCUUCGUCUUUCCCCACUGACACUUAUCAAUUGAGGGGAAUAUACCUGUAAAGUAGAAGGCCCCGUUACUGUCCCUAAUCAAGCACACAUUAUAGAUUUGCAUGAUGAAGGGUUCAGUACAGAGGUACUGAUUGACAUCUCUGUUCAUCUUUGGGAAAGGUUUUUCAUCUGGAAGCAAAGAAGGACGUAGUUUGUUGUCUAGUUUGCUCUCAAAUAAUACUUAUUUGGCCUGCUUACAUUCUUGGCUUGGUUAGGACACCCUUUGGACCCAAACUUACUGAUGUCUUGACUACGGUUGUUUAAGAAUACAAAAUUCAAAGUUAUUGUAUUGUAUUGGCAGGACUCAAGAGAAUACGCCUAAAAAUCCAGAGAAGACUAGAUGAAAACUCUGAAGUUCACUAUGACAUUACAUGACAGUACGGAAAAAUAUAUUUCACUUACUUCUUGUAUCUAGUAAUGCAGAUAGUUUGAGUUUUUUAUGCUCAGGUUUUGAGAAAUGUAUCUGAGAUUUCUGCCCCACAAAAACUUUCCUUCAUCGUAUUGGGGUGGAUGCAGAAAUCUCAGACGGAUAUCUCCAAACCUGGACAAAUAAAACCACAAAUAUCAAAAUGGAUAGAGAAAUAAAUGAGAAUGUGUUUAUUUGUAAUUUGGGUGGACCAACAAAGUUAACACAAACAAAUAUUGACCAAUGGAAUAAAAUGCCUCAUUAUUAAUCAAUGCUGCCACCUACUGAUGUUGAAAUACAACUGCAAGUUCAUUCAUUCUGACCCACUUUAAUAAUAACUCGUCAUCAAAACAACAAAUAUUCCAGAUGAUUUGCAUAAAUUUUUUUUUUUUUUUUUAUCGAUUACCAACAAACUAUUAACCAAAAUUAAUGUCAAUCAAUUUAACAUGGGUUACCAAGCCUAUGCGUAUGGGGAGUGGUGGCCUAAGGGUUAGAAAAGCGAGCUUGUGAACGGAAAGUUGUUGCCAGGAUAGAUCUAGGUGGGGAAAGUAAAACAACAGUGCGUGCCCCUCUCUCAUUACCACCACUGAGGUGCCGUUGAGCACCUGAAAAUGUCCACCUUCACUGCAUUGUUAACGCAUCCCUUCAUUCUUCACCAGUAGAGGACCACAGAACUAACAGCACUGUGCUGGAGAAUGUCCUCCCUCCAUCAGGCUCUUUCUGCUCUCAACAGUCAAAGUGUUCAUCAGACCUCCGCAGGUUCAGGACAGCAGGCCAGACGGAUAGCUGACAAAACAGCGGAACUCAUUGUUCAAGCUUCGGUUGUGUUUUGGCAGGAAGCUGCACAUUUUUACAUCCAGAAGGUCUUUGGCGAAUUUCUCCAUGAUGGCUCCUGUAGAACAAAAUGGGACACAAACAUGUGAUGCAAAAAAGCUGCUGAAAACACAGCAAAGUACGAUGUUGUUGCUCACUUUUUUUUUUUUUCACUAAAAUGUAGGUGUAAAGAGUAGUGGUGGAAUGUUACUAAGUAGAUUUACUUAAGUACAAUUUCAAGGUACUUAUUUCUAGAGAUGGUCCGAUACCGAUACCAGUAUCGUCUCCGAU